UUUCGUUUGUCUUUUAUGACCGAUCCCUCUGGGUCACCAGGCAGGCUCGCAAAAGACGUUACUCAGCUGCAACAGGCUCUCCCUCUUCUCAACUUGCAAACCACUCCGAAUCUGAAUCUUCUCAUGAGCAACAAUUCGGACUCAGAUAAUUCUGAAUCAGAUGCAGUGGCUCUCGAGCUAUCUGGACUUGGACUUGGCUAUGAGAUACAAAAUCUCAAACCGCAGCUGCAUCGUAAUCGUGCUUUGAGCGAACGGGUCGCUCUACUGACAGCGCAGCUGAGAGAGGUUCAGAGAAGGAAUAUGGUUGAAAGGGAGAGCGCCAGGAAGCGUGAAGCCAUAUUCGUACAGCAUCUCUGCCUCCUCAACCAGCAAUUAUCAGCACAUCCAGGCCUGUAUGAGAUCUCGCUGCCGUUGAUCUUCACUGUUAUCAACGGCGAUAUGCUGUUAUUCCGUCAUUUAAACCGUGCUUUUGACGGUGGUGUCAACACAGCCGCUUCUUUCAAGUUGACGCGAAGCAUCCUCACCUACCCGGAGCAUAAUAACCCUGAAGCUUAUAGCUCAGCUUCCCACUUCAUGACGGUGUUUUAUAACCGUCGACAGCUCCUAGAGCGGUUGAGAGUCAAAGCGAUUUGCACGAUCCAGCAAUUUGACCAGUUUUUGACGGGAUUCAGUAUCUCCCAUGAGGGUUUCUCUUUUGUCGAUGUCGGCGGUCUCGAACUUACAGAGAUUAAGAUCAGCAUGUACAUCAACGCAUUCAUUCGACUGCCUCAGACUCUUCGGAUUUUUUUUGGUGGCCGUACGUGUGAUCUUUUCUUUGCUGCAAUGACUAUCUGUGCCAGUCGUUCUCGAAGGCGCGUCGAGAAGGAAAUUGUGGAUAAGCUUGUGAUGAUCAGCCCAAACCCGCGAUUCAACACCAUAGUGGGGGUUCCCUUGUUGGUGAUCCAUAACGUCUUUGCGGGUCCUGGGCCAAACAUGAGGAGUCAAAGUGGCUCAAAGGGUACCCCAGCCGCUAGCGCUCACAAUACGGCUCCUCCGAACCCAACGACCGCAGCCUCGCCGAGUAGCAGCUUGCGCAAAGGCUUGGACGGCUCCUUGCUGCAGUAA